AUGCCCCGUCAAGAAGUCAUUGCUGAUGUCCUGAAGUAUGUAGAUUGCGAAGAUGUAGGAUCCUUCCCACUUGGUUCCUUCCCACCUGGCUCCCAAGCUUUUGAUAAUCCGAAGGAUUGCUUUUGUUCUUCGCCAGGAGAUCAAGCAAAGGAUUUAGUGGGCGCUGUGAUAGGAGCAGAUGAUGAACGAAGCCCAGUGACUGAUGGCUUCCGCUACUCGUUCGUUGUUCACUUGCGAACUACGUGA